AUGAGUCUCCUCGAGAGCCUCGACGCCGGCAUCACUGGCUUUGUGGGCCAGUGGGAUGCCUACUCGACCGGGCUGGUGACGCUGCUGAUUGUCCUCGUCACAUACCGCAUCACCUCGUCGCGCGAGCCCGACGUGCACCCGCUGCUGCUUGCCAGACAGGCUGGUGCUUCUACGGUGCGCAAUGAAGGUGAGAGCGCCGCCUACAGAUGCCUGGCUGCUCCCCACAGCAUGCCGUUGAACAGCGGACUGGAUGUCAAGGACCCUGGCGCUUCUCGAUGGGCGAGGGGACGCGAUGGCGAUCUUCGAGACAUUUGGCGGAAAGCGGCGGCCGGAAACGAUGAAGGGAAAAAGGGAAAAUUGCUCACUGUCCUCGGAUCUGAGAAUGUUAUUGAACACCGCCUAGAGGACAUUACAAGGCAGAUUAACCUCAUUGGACAUUACAUUGCAGAGCAAGGCGGCAUCCGAGUGGCCAUCUAUCUGCCCAACUCUGUCGAGUUUCUGGUCACUCUUCUGGCAUGUAGCUUCUACCCGAACUUGACAACUGUCCUGAUCCCGUUCAACGUUUCAAACGAGGAGCUCGUCUCCAUGAUGCGCCGAUCUGCCGUUGACACCGUCGUAACAACGCCCGGCUCGUUCCCGCUCGACGACGUUGCCAAGGCAUAUCCGUCGCUGAGACAGCUUAUCUGGGUCGUGGACGAAGGAAGCUCGCACCUCGACUGGAACGAGGUUCCCGAGGGCAUGGGUGGCAGUGUCAACGUUGCUACAUGGCAGGAGAUCAUUCGCGACGCCCCGGCAGACUCUGGCACUGAACUUCCUCCCCUGGACCUGGAAAAGGUUCCCAUGGAUGUGGUUACCUUCUGGCAGACGAAGCCCGGCCAAUUGGAGGAGAUGGUGCGCUUCACACAGGCCAACCUGGUUGCUGGCAUCGCCUCCCAGAUCAAUGCCGUGCCCAUCAAGGAGAGAUUGACUCCUUCUGACCUGUUUCUUCCCGCUGAAUCCUUGGCCGGCAUCCAUACCCUUGCUCUUACCUUGGCCGCACUUUAUCAGAAUUCUUCGGUAGCCUUCAACUCGGUUGCUGGUCGAUCGCCAGAUCUGGUUCUAGCCACUCAGGGCAUCGCGCCGACGGUGAUUGUUGCCAGCCCCUCCAGCUUGCUCAAGAUCCAUGAAGAGUCCGCCGCCAAACUGAAUUCUCCUCUUGCCAAGGCCUCCCAUGCCAUGUCGACUCGUGCUCUCACACAACAGGGCGUUCUUCCAACCUCGAACUUGCUGUCUGCGUUUGCGGCCGGAGCGAAACCAUCCCUUGGGACCGACCUCGGCAAGUUGCGUCUAGUGUAUACCGCAGAGCGUGUUGGAGCAGACACUCCUUUCCUUUCCUCCAAAGUCCUUUCUGACCUGCGCGUCUUCACUGGCGCUCGAGUUGUGUAUGCUCUGACAACCGCCCGGGUGGUAGGCGCCGUUUCGCAGACGGCCUACUAUGACUACAGAGUUGAGGAGGGCGACAACGGCCACUUUGGCGCACCCGCGACAAGCAUUGAGAUUCGCUUGAAGGACAAGGGCUCAUUCAAAACAACAGAUGAUGUGGUUGUGGGAGAGAUUUUCGCAACUGGACCGAGCGUUGCUGGCGGCGAAACAAACCUGGGUGUUGUCGGAACACUGAGGCACGACAACACGUUGGCUUAUGUGUCGUGA